AAUAUCUUGUAUAUUAGAAACCUGUAUGACAAAACGGACCCGUAAUAUUUCUUUUUCAAAAAAUAUAAUUCGCCUGCUAAGCAAUCUCGCAACCCAAGGGGUGUAAAAUAGUUGCCAUGAACGGAAAGUGCAGGAGCAAUAUCCCGUUAAAACUGAAAUCCCUUAUUUUCGUAGAUAUUAAAGAGAUUAAACGAAACCAGAAAAAGCUUGAAUCCGUUUAGUCGGUGGUUAACGCUGUCUAUGUGCUUGAUAUCAGGAUUCUCUGAUUGUUAAAAGUUAAGUUACAGACGGAAAUCUGAAUAUGAAUGUCGUAAGAUAUUUCAAGAUUGAAGAAGAAUUUUAAGAGAUGUGUUCGCCAAUCCAUGUUCACGUAAGUCUGCAUGCUCAAUAGCCGAAUUAAUUAUCUAGUGAGACCAGUAUAGUACCCUUGUGCAUUCACGAUAAUAUGCUGUAAAUAUAUACUAUGCGCUUCACAUAGAAUUUGACUUAUAAUAAUUGGAUUGUGCACGCUGAACAUAAAUAUAAUUUUAGGGAUUUAGUGGGCUGCGUACAUAUUAAGUAGAUAAAGUGGAAUCAGUAAAUACUGGGUGCAAAUGACUCUAGUCGGAUCCAAAUCGAUGCCAGGCAACCUCGUGCGGUUUUCCUAUUAACCCGAUUACUGAACUGAAACGCAAAUCGAGACAAGGAGGUAUUUAAAGACCUAAUUCAGCCUCCUGCGCGUCACUCACAUCCAUCAUGGAGAAAUCGCGCUGUAUUCAGCAGCUUUGGGCUCACGCAAGCAUUUUACUCGCUGUUCUUGCCGUCUCUUUCGCGCAGAAAACGGCUGUCAAGAAUUUCGUUUCCGCUUCAGCCAAAUGCCAAGUGUAUGAGAGGGUUCCAUGUGGCGAUCCUGCUUUUGGCCAGGCUGCUUGUGAAGCCAUAAACUGCUGCUUUGAUGGCCAGCAGUGUUACUAUGGGAAUGCAGUGACUGUGCAGUGCACAAGGGAUGGUCAGUUUGUGGUUGUGGUGGCCAAGGAUUCCACUGUGCCCCAGCUGGAUGUGGCCAGUGUCUCCCUGCUGGGUGGAAAUGCUGCCCCUUGCCUCCCUGUUGCCACUACGAAUGCCUUUGCCAUCUACACCUUCCCUGUGACUGCCUGUGGCACUGUGGUCAAGGUGGAUGGUGACUAUGUAGUGUAUGAGAACAGGAUGACGUCUUCAUAUGAAGUUGGUGUGGGCCCCCUGGGAUCCAUCACAAGGGACUCCCUCUACGAGCUGCUCUUCCAGUGUAGGUAUUGGGGUGCUGAGGUUGCUUCCCUGGUGGCCGCUGUGAAUACAGUUCCACCACCUCUGCCAGUAGCUGCUCCAGGGCCUCUGCGGGUGGAGCUGAGGCUGGCAAAUGGCCAGUGUUACACUAAAGGGUGUGAUGAAGGAGCUGCUGCAUAUACCUCCUACUACCAGGACAGCGACUACCCUGUGACCAAGGUCUUGCGGCAGCCUGUAUACGUUGAGGUUCGCAUCCUGAAUAGGACAGACCCCAACCUUGUCCUGGUUCUGGAGAACUGCUGGGCAACACCUGGCCUUGACCCUCUGAGCCUGCCUCAGUGGAGCCUCUUGGUUGAUGGGUGCCCCUACCAAGGUGACAAGUACCAGACCACCUUGGUUCCUGUGGAUGCUUCCUCUGGGCUUCCCUUCCCAACCCACUACAAGCGCUUCAUUGUGAAGAUGUUCGCAUUUGUGGACCCAGCCUCCCAGCGACGUUAUCAGGGCAAGGGGUUCAUCCACUGCAGUGUAGCUGUGUGCCGCCCAUCGGCCACUGACAGCUGUGAGCAGAGGUGCUUCAGGAAAGGUAGGGAUGUUGCUGCUGCACACAAGAGCUCCUCCCCUGACACGGCUGUGGUGUCCAGUGGGGAAAUGCAUCUGGUGGCCCCCAGAGUCGGACACAUGGCUGGCCGGUGGUGAUGGAAAGCUGCUCCUAGUGGGUGAAUGUGUUCUCACAGCUGCUGUGGGCUUGUGCCUUAAUAAAAGGUGCUGACUUUA